GGGAUGCCCAGUACAUGGCUGAUGUGCUUUGUCGAGAGAGGCGGGCUGAGCCAGCUGCCUAGCAUACGCCUGAGUUUCCACGAUGUCGGAGACGAAGGGGGGGGUGCCCGACCAGCCGAGAGAGACUGACAGGAUGAUGAUGGAUAUGGCAGAAGGCAGCUAUGGCGGUAUGAAAACCGGUUCUGCCAGCCUGGAGGUCGAGUACCCGGGUGAAGACGUAGUAAUCGGGAUCGAUCUGGGGACCUCAGCUUGCCGCGCUGCGGUCUAUUGGCGCGGUAAUGUUGAGGUCAUUAGCGACGCAGAUGGAAACGAAGGACUCCGUGCUUACGUGGCGGCGAAUGAAAAUGGCGCGAGAUUUAUUGGUGAGCGUGCGAUCGAAGAGAUGUGGAGUUUUCCAGCAAAUAGCAUGUAUGAAAUAAAGAGAUUGCUGGGUCGACUGACGACGGACACGUGUGUGAAGGCGGACGCGAAGCUGUGGCCGUUCAAGGUGGGGGAGGGGAGCGACGAGAGACCGGCGAUCGUGAUAGGUUCUUCGGGGAAGAGUUGGCUGUUCUCACCGGAAGAGAUCUGCGCGAUGCUUCUGGGAAAAAUGAGGGAACUUUCGUCGAAUUAUCUCGGGCAAGAGGUGAAGAAGGCAGUCAUCUGUGUUCCAGCAAGCUUCGACGACGCCCAGAGGCAGGCGACGAAGGAUGCCGCCGCCAUAGCCGGGUGGACCGUGGUUCGCAUGCUUGGAGAGCCAACGGCGGCUGCAUUGGCGUACGGAUUAGCGGCGCCAGCUUCGUCGGCGGAAACGGACGGCACGAGGGAGAAGCAUCGGUCAGACCUAAUCAGGAACGACAAGGAACUGUUGAUGGUGAUCGACAUAGGAGCGGGAUGCACAGACGUCUCGUUGUUGUCGAUAACAAGAGGAGGAGGAGGAGGAGGAGGAGGAGGAGAAGGAGGAGGAGGAGGAGGAGGAGGAGAAGGACGAGAAGGAGGAGGAGGAACAGACGUGGAGGGCACGGGCAGUUUACCCGGGAUGGCGAAGGGAGGAAAAGACAAAGGAGGAAAAGGAGGAAAAGGAGGGAAAGGGAGAAAAAAUGAGAGAGAGAGAUGGCUGGACGAAGCGUGGUCCUCGGUAGCGAAAGGGGUGACAGGGGUGAGAGGGGUAAUUGGAGGAAAUUGGGUGACUGGAGGGGGGCGAAGCGAAGGAGAAGCAGGAGGGCGAGGGGGAGGGGGAGGACGAGGAGGUGGGGAAGCAGAAAUACAAGUUGAGGGAUGCAGAAAUACCUUUGUAUGCUCGAAAGAGGUAGGAGGAGGAGAGGGAGGAGGAGGAAGACGCGAAAACGUACGGUUUGAGGUGAGGGCUACGGCGGGAAAUAGUCAUUUGGGCGGGGUGGACGUCACCAACAAGCUGAUGAAAUAUUUCGUCGAGGAGAUCAAACGUAGGUAUGGUUUCGACAUUUCCGAUGACGCUCACGCUAUUGUGAAACUGCGCGCGGCGUGCGAGCGCGCCAAGCUUACGCUUUGGUCGCCUUCUUCUACGAUCUCUGUGAUUCCAGUGGUCGUGGAUUCGAUCCCUGCCAGUGGGGGGAGAACUUUUCAGUGCUCUCUCUCUCGGUCGAAGCUAGAGGCGCUGAGCGCGGAGUUCUUGCAGGCGUGUAUGGGAUUUGUGGACAUGGUGCUGAGCGACGCCAAGGUGGAGAGAGCCGACGUGCGCAAACUGCUAUUGGCAGGAGGAGCGGCACGUGUACCGAAGCUGCGCCGAACAUUGGCCGACUUUUUUGGAAAGAACGUCACUUUCGUGGAUGUGAAUCCCGAUGAGGCGGUCGCGAUCGGAGCAGCCUUUCACGCUGCCAUCUUGACUGGGCGCUAUAAUUGGGAACCGCAGCAGCAAGCGUCAGAAGACGAGACAGAGGAGGUAAAACAGGAGGGAGAGGCAGAGAGUGAGGAAGAGGAGGAGGAAGAGCGAGAGAACAGGGAGCAGGACGGAGUGGGAGGGAAGAUCGAAGACGAGGGGAAGCAGAAGCAGAAGCAGAAGCAGAAGCAGAAUGAGAAGACGACGACGACGAAGAAGAAGAAGAAGCCGGUGGAACCAUCCGCCGCCAUAUCUGUCGAGGUGCAGGAGGUCACUCCCAUCAGCCUGGGAGUUGAGGCGAAUGGGGGGAGGAUGUGUGUGGUCAUUCCGCGCAACACUCCAAUCCCGGUGACGAUGAGGAAGGAGUUCAAGACGGUGGAAGACGAUCAGCCUGUGAUCAUCGUGCAAGUGUACGAGGGAGAGAGGUUCCUGACGAAAGAUAACCGACUUCUGGCCGAGUUCUUCUUCGGAGAUCUUCCCCUGCUGCCACGUGGACAGCUCGUUAUCGUCGUCUCGUUCAGCGUGGAUUUUGACGGCAGCGUGACAAUCAGUGCGCAAGAAGGAGGCAGCGGACGCCUUCUGGAAGGCGCUGUUUCCAGGAGCAUGGGCCGACUCGGCGCGGAGGAGUUGGAGACAAUGAUAGUCGAGAGCGAGAAAGUGAGCAUGCGCCUGUGGGCCUGGAGCGAUCUGGAAGAUUGCCUCAGCGCCGUCAAGAUAUCUCUGCUCAUGGACGACGGCAUCGCGAAGAAGAUCGGGCGAAGGGAUGUUGAGCAAAUGAUCGCUGUUGUCACGGGUGUUAUGGAAUGGAGAGAGAGUAACGAAAACAUAGCCGAUGUUGACGACAUCGACCUGGUGCGAGAAUAUCUCGAGAGGGCUUAUGAGAAGGUGGUAGGAAAGCCAGUGCCAGCCCCGCGUUACUCAAGGGGUGGAUCCAGUAGCACAUUGCAAACUUGGCGCGCUCGUAAACGUCGAUACACUCCACGGCUGAAGAAAUCUCUGAAGGCGAUGGGAAGAUCCGCUGCCAUAUCUUUGACUGCGGAGAUAGCCAAGGUGCUUCUCCCUGCUCUCCUCGGCUUGUAAAGCAAGCAAGCCCUUUCCAGAAAAGUCCCAGUGCUUUUCUGCUACGUUGCGUCAACAUACUGGGUGUGUCUAUAAAUAGCUCCUGACCUCUAGUAGGCCUCGCAGCUUCUCGACAUUCCUGCCGCUGAUCACUGCAGGUCUCUCAGCAGUUUAGCAGAUAAGACUGCAGCUCCGCUUCACGCGCUUCAACAUCCUGUCUCCCGGAUCGCCCUCUCAAAUCCUUCUUUUCUACUGCCAUUCUGUCUGUCGCUCUUCCCCCACCCCUCGCGGCUUCCCCCCUCCCCCCCCUCCCCCUGCCUUCUCUCUCCCUCUCCCUGGCUGGCUGUCGUCUCUUCCUUUCUCCCUUUCUCGCUCGUUCGCUGGGCUCGCUGACUGGCUCUCUUCUCUCUCUCUCUCUCCCCGCGCGCGCUUACAUUCCUGCCGAUAUACACCCACGCGCGGCCGCGCGCACAAAAAGUGACAGGCUGCGCACGCACGCAAAGCUGAUCCAUGAUCAUAUUAUUGCGUAGCUAGGGCGAUGACGUUGCCGCAUGUAGCAGGGGCUGCGUGGGCAUGCAGAUACAAAGGUGAAUGCACCCAUGCAGACGCCGUUGCGUACGGCGGGGAGCCUAUCAGUGCUGCCGUGAUGCAACAGUCGCAGAGAAUCAGUGUAUUCGUGGAGGCACACACACACACAUAUAGACAGACAUUGACUGCCGAAGGAAAGGAACGAGCGGCUGAUUUCGCUGCAGCGCACGUGUUUGCACGCAUCAGACGUCUUUUCAAUGCCCCGAUUGAUCGAUCGAUCGAUCGAUUGUCUUUGUGCGGUGAAUCUUUCAACACACAUAACGCCCCCUUCCUGCCGCUGUCCUCUGCUAUGGCAGACCAACCGUGUCGUGUGCUCCGUAGCUUGUACACACAUUUCUAGCCUCUCUCUCCAUUUGCCUAGGGGGAUGACAUCUCCUCUGUCGAGCUUUGUAUCAACAAUACUUCGACGGAUGACAUCUCCUCUGUAUCAACAAGCAUGCGAAGGAUGACAUCUCCAGUUUACAAAUCAACAAGAAUUCGGAGGAUGACAUCUCCUCUGCUAUGGCAGACCAACCGUGUCGUGUUCCCCCGCAGCUCGUACACACAGUUCUUUUUUUUUUUUUUUUUUUUUUUUUUACACACACUUCUAGAUUCUCGAAAUCUUGUUGAUUUGUAUAAGCCCGCCCGCUGUCCGGAGAACUUACCGAUAUCUAGUUGAUCGGAUACGUCGAAGAUGCGCAUCUUUGAUACUCUCUCUAUCUCUUUCCUUUAGCUGCCAUUCGUAUCACACGCGUAUUGCUCGCUCGUGUUCGCUGAGGGGAUCUGUACAAUCAUUACUUUUUUUGAGUAAAUACUGUAAUAAUGU